UCUCUCAGAUCUGCUCCUUCUGAAACUGGGUCCAUCCACAACAAUAGAGUUUCCCAUCACUCUCAAAAUCCUAAAUAUACUCUUUCUAGUAAUGUUAUAUUAGGGUUUGCAGUAGUAGAUAGAUCUUCUUCAAUAUCAAAAUCAAAACCAAGAUUUCUGGGUCUGGGUUCAUCUGCAAAUUUCAGAGUCAAAAAUAGAUAAAAUGGAGACUCAGAGGAUCAUAGAAUUCCCUCACAAGAACAUGGAUAAGCGUCCUAGAAAGAGGCCUCGAUUAACAUGGGAUAUGCCCCCUCCUCUUCCACCUCCCAAGGUUAUUCCUGCAAUAUACUGUGGACAGGAGUUUGGAAAUGGAACUAUGCCCAAUUACGCACAUUCCUCCAUGUUUCACAGGGGGUUGCCUCGUAACGGCUCCCCACCUUGGCGACCUGAUGAUAAAGAUGGUCAUUAUGUCUUUACUGUCGGAGAAAAUAUAACCCCCAGAUAUAGAAUUCUCAGCAAAAUGGGUGAAGGGACUUUUGGGCGAGUGUUGGAAUGUAUUGACAAUGAAAAGAAAGAGGUUGUUGCUAUUAAAAUUGUUCGUUCCAUACAUAAAUAUCGUGAAGCUGCCAUGAUCGAGAUUGAUGUCUUGCAAAGGCUAGCUAGACAUGAUAUGGGUGGCAAUCGUUGUGUGCAAAUACGGAAUUGGUUUGACUAUCGUAAUCAUAUAUGUAUUGUAUUUGAGAAGCUUGGACCUAGCUUAUACGAUUUUCUUCGCAAAAACAGCUAUCGUUCUUUUCCCAUUGAUCUUGUUCGGGAGCUUGCCAGGCAAAUUUUGGAGUCUGUAGCAUUUAUGCACGAGUUACGCCUGAUCCACACUGAUUUGAAGCCAGAAAACAUACUUCUUGUUUCUUCAGAGUACAUCAAGGUGCCUGACUACAAGUUCAUAUCGAAAUCUACUAAAGAUGGUUCCUAUUUCAAGAAUUUGCCUAAGUCAAGUGCCAUCAAACUCAUUGAUUUUGGAAGCACUACAUUUGAACAUCAGGAUCAUAGUUAUGUAGUGUCGACGCGCCAUUACCGUGCCCCUGAGGUUAUUUUGGGCCUUGGAUGGAACUACCCUUGUGAUUUGUGGAGCGUUGGUUGCAUACUUGUUGAACUCUGCUCUGGUGAGGCCCUUUUUCAGACACAUGAAAAUCUGGAACAUCUUGCCAUGAUGGAGAAGGUUUUGGGGCCUCUACCACAACACAUGGCUGUCAGAGCUGACCGCCGAGCCGAGAAAUAUUUUAGAAGAGGAGCGCGAUUGGAUUGGCCCGACGGUGCAACUUCAAGAGAAAGCAUGAGAGCAGUUUGGAAAUUGCCUCGUUUACCGAACCUAAUAAUGCAGCAUGUUGAUCACUCUGCUGGUGAUUUGAUUGAUCUCGUGCAAGGGCUACUUAGGUACGACCCAGCCGAGCGACUCAAGGCAAGGGAAGCAUUAAGACAUCCCUUUUUCAAGAGAGACAUGAGAAGGGGGGUGGCUUUCUCUUGUAGUUGAAAUAUUUAAGAAGACAACUGGGUGAAUUUACCCCAAAAGUUUGAUAGAAUAGUCAAUCAAUGGGAGUUUUUUCACUUGUAUGAUUGCAUAUUCUUCUUCUGUAUAGUGAAGAUGUAUCCUCUUUUUUUUUUUUUUAAUUCUUCACGGAGGUAAAGGGAGAACACCAUUGGAGUUGUAUGCGUUCUCCUUUCUUUCAUUUUUGUUUUGUGAUGUGAGCCUAUUAUUGGAUAAAUAUGUUGUGGGGUGGGGUAGACAUUACAAACUCAGUAUACAGGCACAUUAUAAGUAUCUACCUCCCUUUAGUGAGGAUAAGACCAGUGUUGAAUAGCCUAUAAUCUAGUUUUUCGUUUUGAUUAAUACUGAUAAUGAUAAGUGGGAGUUUUUGAAUAUUUGUCUUAUUUUAUUAUCUCCAACGAGGGAAUAUAUGUACAGCUUAGAAGGAAAAAUAAAUCUAAACAAAUAUAUAUUCAAUUUGGACCUA